AUGUUGGAAGCGAAGAUUGAACAAGCUGUGGUGUUUAAGCGUGUCCUUGAUGCUAUUAAGGACCUUGUCGAACAUGCCAACUUUGACUGCAACGAGGAGGGCAUCCGUCUUCAAGCGAUGGACAGCUCUCAUGUGGCGCUUUCUGCGGUAGAGCUUCGUGCUGAUGGGUUUGAGGAGUACCGCUGUGACCGGCCCAUGAGCAUUGGCAUGGCCAUUACGAGUCUGACCAAGGUGCUCCGUAGUGCCAACAACAACGAUAUCCUCAAUAUGCGCAAAGCAGACAAUGCGGACAGUCUCCAUCUUAUGUUCGAGGGUGUUAGCUCGGAUCGUAUCGGCGAGUUUGACCUGAAGCUUAUGGACAUCGAUACUGAACAUCUUGGUAUUCCUGACACGGAGUAUGAUGCCGUGGUGAAGCUGUCUUCCAACGAAUUUGCUCGCAUUUGCCGCGAUCUGUCGAAUGUGGGAGAGAGUGUUAAAAUUACUAUCACCAAAGAGGGUGUGACCUUCUCUACGGAGGGCGAGAUCGGUGAUGCUCGUAUGACCUUAAAGCAAGGUUCGGGCUCGAGUGCUCGCUUGGAUGACGAUGACGAGGUUGACCCUCUUGAUGACGAAGAUGGCGAGCGUCUUAGCAAGAAGCGCAAGGCAAGCUCGACUGCCGGAAGCAGUUCGGCUGUCGCCAGUGCUGUGGUUCCCGUGGAGAUCCAGCUUGAAAAGGCAGUGGCGCUCACGUUCAGUGUGCAAUAUCUUGUCAACUUUACCAAGGCUGCACCACUUGCUUCCGCUGUAACGCUUCAUAUGGCUGAUAAAGUGCCUCUAUUGGUCGAGUUUGCCUUCGAGAAUGGUCAUGUGCGAUACUACCUGGCUCCCAAGCUCGCCGAGACUGAUGACGAGUAA